GUGAGGUCCUUGGAGAAACGAAAGUGGGAAGGGGUGGCACUGCUUAGCUGCGCUCUGCCGGAGAAGGACGAAAAGCGGCUGAGUUCCGACGCUUCUGCUGCUUCAGUUAUAACAUGGCUGACAACCAUCGUGACUCACGUACAUGCAUGGCGAAACUUAAUGAACAUUGUCAGAGGAACCAUUUAAAAUUGGAGUAUAGAGACAUUGGUAUCGAAGGACCACCUCAUGAUCGUGUAUUCACUGUAGCAGUUGUAAUUGACAAGAACCGAUAUAGCCAGGCCUCUGGUAAAUCCAAGAAAGAAGCAAAAGCUCACGCAGCUGAAUUAGCUUGGAAUGCCAUAGAGAGGGAAAAGAAGGCAGAGCUGGAUUCACGGGAGCAGCACCAGGAGUCAAAGCUGGGUCUGCCUGCUACAAAUAUUCCUGAAUCUUCAUCUUCAAAGUCAAUUAGCUAUAUUUCCUUGCUUAAUGAAUAUGCACUAAAGAACAAAGUAUGUGUUGACUAUAACUGUAUAUCUAAAACUGGAUUGGAACAUAAACCAGUCUUUUCUUAUGCGUGUCAAAUUGGUGAUAAAAUAUUUGAUGCUGGAACAGGAAGUAAAGCUCAACUAGCCAGACUUGAAGCAGCUAAACUGGCAUAUGAAAAGUUGACUAGCCAACCAACCUUCGGAGCAGAAGGAAGUGCUAACUCUGUCAGUGAUUCUUCUGAUACACUGUCUGGUAGUUUUCAAGAACUAUCAAGCGUGGCAUCUAGGAACAGUACAGAUUUAGAUUCAGAAGUUGCAGGGACAUCUGACAUAUCUGCUAACCAUAUCGAUGUCAUUCAGCCAAAUGAAUCUUCACCUUCUCAGGUCAGUCAUUCGAGUCAGGCUAUGAAAUCUAAAAGAAAAGGAACACCUCUGGCUGUGAGAUUUCCAAAUCAGGAUAGCAGAAGUGUCUUAACCAUGAAUGACAGGUUUCUUGAGGAGUUUAAAGAGAUAGAGGAAAUUGGUUCUGGUGGCUUUGGGAAUGUUUUCAAGGCAAGGAAUAGCACUGAUAAAAGACUAUGUGCUAUCAAACGCAUCCGAAUUUCAGGCAGAGGAGAAGAUGAAAAAAGAGAAGUGCAAGCCUUGGCAGAAUUCAAUCAUCAGCACAUUGUUCAGUAUUAUGGCUGUUGGACUGGGAAAGACGUUUUCCAGUGGGAAGAUACCAGUGAGAGCAGCUCAGAGCAAGUUGACUGCCUCUUCAUUCAUAUGGAAUUAUGUGAAAAGGGAAAUCUAUGGAAUUGGAUGCAAAACAAAACGAAAAUUCCCCCCUGUAAAGAUAAUUCCAUAAUUCUAUUUCAGCAAAUAGUGGAAGGAGUGAAUUAUAUUCAUUCUAAGAACUUUAUUCAUAGAGAUCUCAAGCCUCUAAAUAUAUUUUUUUAUCGUGACAAUCACAUAAAAAUAGGUGAUUUUGGGUUGGUAACAUCAGGUGUAAAAGACUUUUCAAAACAACGGACAAUGAACAAGGGAACAGUGUCAUACAUGGCACCUGAACAGGUAACAAGCCAUUAUUGCGAGAAAGUAGAUAUCUUUCCGUUAGGAUUAAUUUUGUAUGAAAUGCUUUCCCCAUUUCCAUGUGUCCAUGAGAAGCAAGAGGAAUGGCCCAACAUCAGACAAGGCAAGUUUCCAGAAGCGUUCACCAAGAAGUUUCAACAUGAGGCUGCUUUAAUUAAAAAAAUACUUUCCAAAGAGAAAACUCAAAGACCAUCAGCAGCUAAUCUUUUGAAAUUCCUAAGCAGCCAGUCAUACAGCCAACACACUUACUAGUGAACUUCUGUCAAGUUUUGGUUCAUGGCUGUUUCUUUUGCUGUUCCUGAUGCCUGAAAUUGUGUGAAUAUACAGAUUGCCACAGUCUUUGAAGUGUGAAGGAUUGGGUUUGCCCCUUAUGCCUUGCUAUAAUAUUUGGGAUGUCCUGAGAAGUCAGAGAAUACAAAGAACUUCAGUGGAAUGGGAAGAGGUCUAAUGGAAAUGGAAAGAGUACUUUUUCUGAACUUUGCAGGACCUUUUUGUCUCAUCCUGGGAGUAAGCACAUAAUGGAAAUCUGAUGUAUCUGGAUUUUUUUAUAGAGAGUUUUAAUGUGGUAUUCCAAUAUUGUUGUUACAAUAUUAUACUUAAUAUUGUCUAGGGAAAUUAAUACCAUUCUUGUAACUCAUGGAACUACUUGUAUCAAGUGUUAGUUGCUAUCCUUUGCUUUGUGAAAGAUGGUACUACAGGUAGUCCUCGAUUUAUGACUAUUCGUUCAGCGACCAUUCAAAGUUAUGAGGGUGCUGAAGGGACUUACAACCAGUGCCCAAAGUUACAGCCAGUGCAGCACCCCUGUGGUCAUGUGAUCGUGAUUUGCACUUAACGACCAGUGGCCCAGCAUCCCGUGAUCACGAUCGCCAUUUGCAACCUUCCCUCCCAGCUUCCCCAGAAAAUCAGUGGGGAAGCCAGCAGGGAAGGUUGCAAGUCGCUGGGGUAAGUCUCCCCCUCCUGCACACCAUCCCCAGCCCCUUUGCACUCACACUGCGCCAGCCACUCAUGCACUCCCACGCACCCUUCCCAACCGCACCAGCCCCACAUGCCCUCCCCGAUGCACAGCAUCUCUCACAUAACCCCGCACACCCUUCCCAACUUGUGCUGCACUUCUGCACACCUUUCCCAACCCCCACACACCCUUUCUGACCCAAGCUGCACUCCUGUGCAUCCUUCCUGACCCAUGCCGCUCCCCCACACGCCCAAACCAUGCUGUACCUCUUGCACACCCCCUCACACUCCCACACACCCUUUCUGGCCUCUUGCACAACCCCUUGCACACCCUUCCCUCACUCCCUCCCCCACCCAGCAGCAGCCAUUUGCCUGCCUGCCAGGCUGGGACUUGUAACUUCCUGCUGGCUUCCCCACUGACUUUGGUUAUGGGAAGCUGGCAGGAAGUUGCCUUGCCUAACAACUCUGGGAUUCAGUUAAUGAGGGCAACCAGGACUUCAGGGAUUGCCAUUGUUAAGUGAUGUGGUUGUGCUUAUGACCAUGUCACUUAACAGUGGCAAUUUCAGUCCCAACUGUCGUCAUAAGUUGAGGGCUACCUGUGUGUGAUUGAUCUACAGCUCUAUGAAAGAAUAUUCACAUCCUUUCAGAUUUUCCGAAUCUUUGCAAAUGAAUGUUACCAGAGCUUCAUGUGGAUCCUACUGUUUUAUAAAAAUAUUAUAAAUGAUAUGGUUUGGGUUUUUUACAUAACUGUAGAUGUAAAUCCAUAAAUCAACAUUUUAUAUUUUAAUGCACAUAUGGGCAACUGUUUUGGAAGUACAAGAUAACACAUUUAACUACACUUAGGUUUUGUUUGCCCUAAAAUCAAGAAGUCCGGCAUUACAAGAUAACUUUCUUCCAGUGUUCCUAGUACCAUUUCCUUGACUAAUGUUCUCUAUUAGCAUGAAGUCAGGGAUAGCUAAUCCUCUUGUGUCUUCCUCUGCCUUCUGAAGCAGAAAAAUGUCAGCUGCAUAAAGUAGAAAUUUCCUGAAAGGAC